AUCUGUCAGACAAAGUGGAUGAUAAAAUGGAUAGUUAUAGUUUGUCAAGAUAUACUUCAUUUUUCUUUGCGUUACUAUUAAGCACAGGAUAUGCGCAAAUAGAUAAACAACUAGGAAUAAAAAGAACCUCGAAUGGAAAGGCGGCUUUAUUUCGAAAAAUUGUCGCAAACAGAAAACUGAACAUAACACCGAUUACAGGUUACAGUAAUUGCAGUUUCAAAGAUUGUGGAAAAUAUUGCGUUUACAACAUACAAUGCGAGUCCUUUAACUUUAAGAAAGCGACAAAGACAUGUGAAUUGUUGUCUGUGGAUAGAAACAGCAAACUGGAUAAUACUACCUUCAUAAAUGCAACUGGAUGGGUAUAUUAUGAUACCGGAUUCAACAUUCGACACCCGAAUUGGAGAAACAAAUACUUGUACAACAUUUCUUGUCCAGUCAACAAAUGCGAUAAAUGUACAUGUCUUCAACCACCCGAAGAAAAAACACAUCAAUGUGAUUGUUACUCAAAAGAGGGGGUAAUCAAGUUAGCAGCAGGCAACUGGUGUUGGUACGCACCUGGUUCAUGUUCUGUUGAUGAUGGCGAAAAGAUCGUUAUUAAACAAUGUGAUCAAAAAGAUGUUGGUCAACAGUUUGUGUAUGAUGGACAAAGUGGCAAUAUCUUUCAUAAAUGCUCACAAAAAAGAGUUUGUCCUAUCAAUAAUAUUGUGGUACUUAAGGAGAGUUGCUCAAAGUCUUGGUACAUUACAGAUAAGUAUGCCUUAAGCUCACCAUAUCGUUGUCCUUAUCCAGUGGGUGGUUUGCUUGAGACUGACAAUGGACUGGACCUCGUUGUUGAUAUUUGCUUGGCAGAAAAAGGGAUUCAUAGAUUUCAAACAGGAAUUGACGGAAGAAUUCAAGUUAAAAUGUUCACGGGUGUAUCAUCUCUUGAUUCAUUAACAUCCAACUAUAAUUUUCCGAACAAUCCUUCCUACGGAAUUGCAUGGUUUAAUCAAUUUCGCGCAGUAUCAUAUUAUCACGAGGCUAAUUACUUCGGGCGCCAAUUUCAAACCAUAUUUGUACCUCCAACAACAGGAACUUAUAUAUUUUACAUGGAAGUUAACGACCAAGGAAAGUUAUACAUAACGCACCCUAACUCUUCACCAGAACUGCUGAUAACAAUCACUGGCUAUACUACAUCAGUGCGCAAAACAUCUCCUCAAUUUUUAAAUGCUUUUGAGAGGUAUGACAUUGAAGUUUUAUUUUAUGAUGAAAUAUCGACAGAUAAACUUAUAGUUGGAGUUGAAUUUCCUAACGGUGAUGUUGAAUAUCCAUUAACGGAGAAAUACUUGUUACCUCCAAAUUAACAGUUGACUCUUUGGACAAUUUUUUUGAUUAAUCAAGACAAAGGAGAUGUUAUAUCUUUAAAAACUAUGUGACACACGUGUUGAAAUUAUUGAAUAAGAUUGUGCAAAGGAUGGAAAGAAUCCACGACGUACUUUACAUCAAAUAUACAUAUAAAAAAAUAAUGCAAAAAAAAAACAAUGCAAAAAAAUUAGCACAAACGUUAACGGCGGAGUUAAACUUGUGCAAUACUAAUAAAAAUAUUUAAGUUUUCAAAAAUUAUUUUCUGUAUCAUAGUUAAAAUUAUUCUUACGAUGUUAAUAAAAUAGCAGGGUAAAAAAAUUUUCCCUUCAUUCGAUAUUUACAUUUUUUUUUUUUUUUGAGUUUAAUUUAAAACACGCAAAAUGAGAUAUUUUGCUUCAAUAUUUUUGCACUAUUGCGUAAGUGUAACUCGGCCUUAAAUCUGACUUAUUUAUUAGUUACACAUUUUUUAUUAUUUAUUUCUUAUUUUAAUUUCUUUUUAAGGGACAGCAAAUUUAACAUACAAACUUUGUCAAAAUAUGUUGAGAAUCACUUGAAUCUAAACUCAUGUGUUAACUGCUGCUAACUUCAGCAUGCGUAUAUUUUAUUUAAUUAUGGGGUCAUUAGCGACGCUGACGUACAUUUGCCAGUGAUGCAGACAUGUUAGAAAAUUUUACCAGCAGGUUUUUAAGUCUGUCAAUGUACGUGUGUUCAAAUUUAAUAUGUUGCGGCUGCUGAGUAUUACGAGGUUGACGCUAAUAUCCAUGAAACUGGUGUUGUCUUUGUACCUAAAAUUAUUUUUAAGGAUGUACCUAAGAUUUGGUGUAAUAUUAUAACUAAGAUUUUAUUUAACAUUGUACCUCAUGUCUACCAAAUUAUUUGAUAAUUGGUACAUUUUACUUUGGAAUAGGUAUACAUUGUUAUUUUCAAUAAGGGCAUAACUACCUUUUAACAGAUAUCCUUACCACAGGUUAAUCUCUGACUUUAUAGAAUGUUCCAUUUUCUCCGCCAAAUAAUUACUUUGCGCACUAAACAACGGAAAGAGUUUGUGUGUAAGCAGGUAUUAUAAAUAAUAUACAAUAAUUCUUCUUGUAUUUUUUGUGUUUUCGUUACCCACUGUCUCAUUAAGUCGCUUAAAAAACUUUGAUAAAAACUAACUGCGGCACGCGCAACUAACUUUUAUCAUACCUUGCAUAUUGCUACACUAUGCUUGCUCUACAACGUUUCAUCAGCAUUCACAAGUUAGGUAUUUCUUCACCUACUUAUCGGGAAUACAAUAAAUAAAAACCUCAAUUUGCACUAAUUCAUGUGCCGCUUGACAGAUGGAAAGAAGGACAUAUGUUCUCACACAUGUAUAUGUGUUUUUCUUAAAUCGAUGAAGUAUAGAGGCUGUAAAUCAUUUUUAGUGUUCCAGUCACUAAAGAAAGAUAUUCUCUUUAAUAAUAGCCGUCGUCUGUCUGUCAGCGAAAGACGCUUCCUGUUACAAAAACUCGAAAUGCUAUAUAUAAUGGACGGGCGACCCCGUGGAUUCUUCCACGGGUAGACGACAACAACACAGACAAAAAAGAUGUUAACAACAAGACAUGCGUGUUUAUAAUUGAAGUGUAACCAAGAAAACUCGAUGGUACUGGACAUAAGUAUAGUAGCGUGUAGACUGUUAUCCGACGUAACUUCGUUUGAAUCAUCGAAUCAUCGGAUGUAUAUAUGCGUCAUCCAAUUUUCCGAAUUAGUUUUGUUUUUACAACAAGUGUGAUCAGAAUGAGAAAGGUUCUGUGCGUCUAAUAAUGACUGCUAGUAAAACGGACACCUUUUUCUGCUGACUACCAAAUUGUGUAUUGACACUUCUCACCUAAAAACAUCACUUAUUGGUUAAAAUAUAUAAAAAAUAACACAACCUCGCAGCACUUCCUGUUCUUUUUCUGAAAUGUAUAAAAAACUGCAAAGGCCAUCAUAAUAAUUUAUCACAUAGAGAACCUUUGGUUUUAACUUUACUUGGACUUCAACGCAUUGUACCUCGAUAAAGUAAGUUUAUACACAAGCACAUGCCCCUCCUCUUAACGCCUCUUUAAACAGUGCUAAUCUAAUGACCUCUGCAAGUGGUCAUAACAUGGUUGGUAGUUCUCACCAUAAUAAAAAAAUUGCAACAUUAUCGAACCAAGUCAAGCCAGGGUAAACACUGGUAUAGGAAUGGGAAGUUCUGGUCCGGUGGAUGUGCCAAAAAGUUCUUUUGGCAGUCAAAACAGU